AUGUCUGGCCCUCAAAAUGCGCAGGACUUCAUCCGUGCGCUCAAAGCAGCCACGGACCCCCCACAGGCUGGAGGUCCCUUGAAGAUCGAGAUUGCGCGCCAGGCAUGGGAUAACACGUCCAUGUAUGUGCCAAACAAAGCGGAGGCGAUCGUGGAAUGGCUACUUUCUAUCAUGCUGAAGGACAAGUCGAGGCCACCGUACAAUCCGCUCUACGACUCUCGUUUUUGGGGUCUCUUGUCUGAUGUCCUCUGUGUUCCUCAUGCUGCAAGAGCAAGCGACCACGGAAGAGCGAUCCGAGCCUGGAUGGUACCCCUCCUGAACCGCAUCCCCAUUUCCCCAAUCGUCCUCUCCUACCUUGAGGCAUAUCACUCUGGAUGCAGGGAUGCAGUCUUCGGGUUUGAAAUCGCCGCACGGUGCAUCGCGGUCCUCUGGCCUCUCGCUGCCCCCAAAUUCAACCCUGAAACGUUGCUUGAGAGCUUUGGUGCGGUUAUUCGGCUCGGCGCGAGCGCGAACGCGCCAGUUUCGCCAUUCAACCUGCCUCAAACAUUAGACGUGUCUCGCGCGCUCACCGCGAUCGUCUCUUCAUAUCGCUCCUGUCUUGCCAACUGGGCGGCCAAACGGAAGCAUUUGUACACGUUGUUUCUCGGGCGACACCUGUCUUCCUGGCUGCAGUUCGUGUCGCAACACCGAGAAGGUGAGGUGGGGACCUUGAUCGCGGACAUCUACGAUGCCGGCAUCGAGACUAUGUUUGGGCUAGAGACGAUGAAGCAGGCGGCAGCCGACCACAAGCACGAUGCAACGUUGUCAGAAGCCUUAAUGGCCGUGCCCCCCGAUUGCUUCGAGGCUGUCCUUCGCAGUCUUCCUAUGCUUUUCGGCUCCUACGUCCAGAGCAUCAAGCGGCAUAAAAACGCCAUAUUCAGCCAAGGAUCCAGUCACGCUGCAAGCCAUAUCGCCGAACAAGUACAACGUGCCGCCAUGUCGUUGUAUGCGGACUGUAUCUCUUUUGCGCGGAAGGUAGACGAUCUGCCUUCGUGGGAGUGUCGAGUACUACUACUAGAAGUCGUAGAACGGGACAACCUGGUAAAUGCGGCCGACGAAGAUUCACAGGCACUGCUUGGACAGGAGAGAGACUCUGCCUUGCAAACGUUGGGAGACUCAUGGAACGAGCAAUAUGCUCAGCGAAAUGAUUGUGCUGUGAAGCUCCUGGCAUCUCUUACACGACUCGACUACGACUCUACGUCUCCCUCAUUUGCGCUUGUUUUACCGAAGAUGGUGGCGAUGCAUCGCAAUGUGCCUUCCGCAACGCAAUUCCUCAAGCUUCUUGUAGAGUACGACUCGAAGACGCGAAGCAUACCAUCCUUCAUCGGGCACGUUUGUGAAGCCUUCUCCUCUCGUCGCCUCCAACGGAUCCCUGGGGGUGCUAAAGCGGCCUAUCGCAUCGCUUGCAACGGGCCGCUCACCAGCAUUACCUUCUACGACGAGCUCGCCCGCGCAGUCCACAACUUCCUUACGCCUGGGCAAGUUCUGGGCGCGAUCCAAUACGUCGCACAGCGCCUCGAGGACGCAUACACCGGCUUUCUCGACGGCGCGGCGCGGCGCGCAGCCGAUAGCGGAGAUGGUGCGCGCAAGCGGCGCAAGAAGGACCGGGACCGGGACGCCCAUGAAGAGAGCGGCGAAGACGACGGCCACCUCGCCGUAUCGUUCGUACUCGUCGCACGGACCGCAGCCGCGGUGCUCCGGGCGAUACCACUGCACACGCUCACAGAGGACGUACGCGCGGAGGCAGAGCGGGCCAUCCUCGGUGUGCACGCUGCGGUCGUAGGGCGGGCGCUGGCGGACGGGUUCGGAACUGGGCAGGGUGGCCGCCGCGAGUCUUGGUCGUGGCAACUCGUGUUGGCCGGAGCGCUGCGGCUGCACUAUAGCCUAGCCUUGACCCACGGAUUGCCUACGCAGCCACCGCUCGAGCAGGAGAUUGCCGAGGUGACGCUUAGCUGCGUAGAAGAUGAGGGCGUCAUUCCCGAAUUGGUAGUGGAAGUAUUGCGGACCUUGAUGCACCAUUGCACUACCUCCACUUUUGACCACUCCUCCCUGUUUGAGCAGUCGCUCAACUACUUGGCUGCACACCUACCGAAUGCAGAGAAUACAUGGUCCGGAAAAGCGCAUCUUCUGGAGUCACACUCGACAGGUGCUGUGGCUGCACUGCAACUUCUUGUAGAUCGCUGGUUACCAGAGUUUGACGCUUGGGCCAGCAUCCCGCAGCUUCAACGCCUCUGUCGAUUGCUGAUCAGUAGCGACUUGAGCUCGUUCAGCGCAGGUACACAAGCUAUGAGCCUUCGUUCCAUUUUGGUCACUACCCUUCACGAUGCGCAGUUCUGGGAAAUGUCAAGGCUACAAGACUCUUUCCUGACCGUUCUCAACGAGCAGACCGUCUCCCUUGACGAGAUCGAUCUGGCGAAGACCGUUGCCUCUCUAUCCGCCAAAUCAUCGCGUCUUCCAGCCGACGCGAUACAGAGCAUCACCUCCGCAUACAACGUGCUUGCUUUGACCCCCUUGGAGUACAUUCCGCGGUCAAUGCAUUUAGCCUUCCUCAAACGAGGUUUCGCAGCCGACGCGGCACUGUUGUCAACCCUGCGGUAUGCAAAGAAAGUCCGAGUUUCUGAGUCUCAGCUGGUGGUUGUGCGAGAGGUAUUAUGUCGAUCAAUGGCCUAUUUGGACACAAUAGAGUCCCUCGCAGACUCGGUGUACUGGCCUUACGUGCUCGCUUCGGACCAGGGAGUAGCCGAUAACACCAGUGGACUUACCUCUGUAACGAAGGACCUGAUUGACAUGUACCAAGGAUCUCUUCUGCGCUCAGCGAAACGAGCUCCGGAGCCCCUCACUGCUCUUGCGAGUAAAUAUGCUCAAGGAUUCACUUCGAGGACCCCGAGCAUGUCCGAAAGGGCGGCUCUGCUGCUUGUGGACAGUAUCGUUCAGGGAGUUCCCGCUUCAUCACUACCAACCCAGUGCGUUGAUGGGAUCCACGCGCUCCACACAAGUAUGGUCAAGUUCACCACGAUGGUCUCUUCCGGCACCUCAACGGGGAGCAUUCCUUUCAACGAGUAUUCACUGGACGUCUGGUCUCAUGUGCGCAUUCUUGGUCACUGGCUUGGCCUUGAAGCAGAUAGAUUACCUCAGAUCAGCAGGAAACUCGCCGAGAGGCUACUAUCGCAUUCAAAUGAUAUGCAACAAACUGUCGCUCUAGCACCGAUGAUCGUGUCCAUCUUGUUUGGGGAAAUUAACGCCUUGGACUCAGAGCAUACGGGAGAACAUAUCGAGUAUGUUGUGGUAACCUACAUCGCUUUGGUCCGCAUAUGCGGACUUCCAGCCCUAUCUGGACUUGACACAAGGCUAGCGACUGCUUGCAAAGCGCUCCCUACAUCCGCUUUUGCGGCCAUGCUGGAUGUUGUCUAUGAAGAGCUUCCUACACAAGGAAAAUUGGGCCCUGAAGACGUGUCCAGCCUCGUACAUUUCUCUGCUCUUCUUUUGCACGAUGCACCAGAAGGUACCUCCAAGACAUGCCAAGCGUUCGCAACGAAGUGCUUGAACCUCUUCGCCGACGACCGUCGGUUCAUCGACAUUCCUGCUGUCCGCCACGAAGCUCUGGACUUCGUAUUCAUGCAAUGCAGCGACCGGCCCGCAUCCCUCCGCACAGCUGACCUCUCCGGCAUCUGGUCCUUCAUCGGUGCUCUCCUAUCAGGCUCCCAGACGCACGACGCCUCUACCGACCUCGCCGUCUUCCACGGCAUCGUCAACACGCUCAGCGCCCUCGUCCGCCUGCGCCGCGACCUCCUCCUCCAGACCCUCCCCCACCUUGGCCAAUCUCUCCGCCAGCUCGUCGCGUGCCUGCGCGCCCCCCGCCCCCAGCUCGGGGGGAAGCAGAGCCGACUCGUCAUGGACAGCCUCCCGCGCUGGGUCGCCGCGCCUCCACCCUCGUCCACCUCCGCCUCGUCCACCUCCGCACCAAUCGGCGCGGCAGAGAGCAAGGCCCUCGCACGCCUGCUCACGACGCUCACGACGAAGACGCUCGUCCGCGCGCCGCAGCGGGAGCAGCAGCAGGGGCAGCAACAGCCGGCGUCGCUCGCGCGGCCGUUCGCGCGGCACGCGGCGUACGUGCUCACCGCGUACGCGGGCGCGGUCGCGGACCCGCUGUGCGUGCUCGCCGCGCCGGUGCGGCGGGAGCUUCUGCCGGGCUUGUGUGCGCUGUGCGAGAUGCUUGGGGAGCACAGCAGGGACGCGGUGAUGGCCGCGGCGCUCGACGCGGGCGGGAAGGCGGCGAUGAAGGCGCUGUGGAGGGAGUACGAGAAGCAGCGGUACGUCGGGAAGGGGUGA